GCCGCGAUGGCGGAGCAGGGCGACCUGGAGCGGCCGGCGGUGGAUGGGGCGGCCGGGGAGGAAUUCCUGCGUGCUGCCUUUGAGGUGCUGCUGGAGGAGGCGGUCAGGAGAGGCACGGACGCGGCUCAGAAGGUCUGUGAAUGGAAGGAGCCCCAGGAGCUGCGGGAGCUGCUGGACCUGGAGCUGCGGAGCCGCGGGGAGCCGGCGGGCCGCCUGCUGGAGCGCUGCCGGGACGUCAUCCGCUACAGCGUGAAGACCUGUCACCCUCGCUUCUUCAACCAGCUCUUCUCAGGCCUGGACCACCACGCUCUGGCGGGACGCCUGCUUACCGAGACCCUCAACACCAGCCAGUACACCUAUGAGAUCGCCCCAGUGUUUGUGCUGAUGGAGGAGGUGGUGCUGGCCAAGCUGAGAGAGCUGGUGGGCUGGAACAGCGGCGACGGCAUCUUCUGCCCCGGGGGCUCCAUCUCCAACA